AAUUCAUUAUUACUUUCUUGUAAGAUAUAUACUUGAAUUGCCAGUUUCAACUUUCAUUCAUAACAAGUUUAAGAAAGUUGUGGUUACCUAUAGUAUUGUUUGGAUAGUAAGAUGGGUCAAGAUUGGAUCCUAUACAGUUUUGUCGCUCGAGGAACCGAUAUAUUGGCCGAGCACAUGAUCCAACCCAGCAACUUAACCAGCAUUGCUGCUCAAUGGCUCAACAAUCUCCCACCUGAUCCUCACAAAAAGUUCACCACAAAAUACGAUGGACACACCUUCAACUUCUUAGUUGAAGAUGGAUAUGUUUACAGCGUAGUAGCAAGAGAAUCAGUAGGAACACAACAGAUUUUAUUCGAGUUUCUGGAACGCAUCAGAGAAGAUUUCAAGAAGAUAUAUGGUCAAGGUAAAGGGGAUGCAGCCAAGGCAAACAGUCUUACUAAGAAAUUUGGGCCUAUAAUGAAGCAGCAUAUGCAAUGGGUUGUUGAUCACGCUGAAGAGAUUGAUAAGAUUGCAAAGGUGAAAGCUCAAAUUUCGGAGGUCCAAGUUAUCAUAUCGAACAACGUAGACAAGAUUCUUGAAAGAGGCCAACAUAUAAGCGAUGUUGCAGAGCAAGCUGAGGCGCUACACAAUUCGUCUUUGGAAUACAAAAAGAUAGCAACGGAAGUGAAGAGGAAGAUGUGGUACCAGAAUGUAAAAUCAAAAUUAGUCAUCUUGGCAAUAUUACUUCUGAUUCUGGCUUUGAUUAUUUGGGUUUCUAUUUGCAGCGGCUUUAAUUGUGCCAAAGCUUAAUAAGUAGGUAUUUUGUAAGAUAAAAUUAAUGUUACAGUAUUUAUCUAUUAUCUGUAAAAAGAAUAUUGUGGAAAGCAAAUUACUGAUAA